GAGGAGGAGGAGGAGGACGAGAGCAGCCUCCAGCAUGGAGCUGGCUAGCGCAGUCACUCUCUUGCUGGCCGUCUACCUUUCCUGCCUUGUCUUCAUAUCAGCCAGGAGGAAAAAGUCGUCCCACGGGAGGCUGCCCCCGGGCCCCACUCCCCUGCCCCUGGUAGGGAAUUUCCUGCAGAUCACGGCAUCGGAAACCUGCAAGUCUCUCCUCAAGCUACGUGAAAAAUAUGGCCCAGUGUUCACUGUCUAUUUUGGAACUCGCCCGGUGGUGGUUUUGUGUGGGCACGAUGCUGUGAAGGAGGCCCUGGUAGACAAGGCGGAGGAAUUCAGCGGAAGGAAGACCAUGCCUACCUUGGAAAGGACCUUCCAAGAAUACGGGGUGGUGUUUGCCAAUGGAGAGCGCUGGAAGCAGCUGCGACGGUUCUGCCUCGCCAUCUUGAGGAAUUUUGGGAUGGGGAAGAAAAGUAUCGAGCAGAGGAUCCAGGAGGAAGCUCAGUUCCUGCUGGAGGAAUUCCGGAAGACCGAUGAGAAGCCUUUUGAGCCCACCUACUUCUUGAGCCGCGCAGUCUCCAACAUCAUCUGCUCCAUCGUCUUUGGCGACCGCUUUGACUACCAAGACGAGGAGUUCCAGGCCAUGAUGGAGAUGAUGAACAACAGCUUCCGGGAGAUGAAUACGGCCUGGGCCCAGUUCUACGACAUCUAUGCCAGCUUCCUGAAGUACUUCCCUGGCCCCCACACCAAAGUCUACGAUCUCCUGGAAGACGUAAGGCGCUUCAUUGCCAAGAGAGUGGAGAAGAACCGCAAAACUCUAGACCCCAACUCCCCCCGGGACUUCAUCGACUGCUUCCUCAUCCAGAUGGAAAAGGAAAAGAACAACCCCUCCAGCGAAUUCAAUGUCAAGAAUCUGGAGCUCACCACCCUCAACCUGUUCUUUGCUGGGACAGAGACAGUCAGCUCCACCCUGAGAUACGGGUUCCUCCUCCUGAUGAAAUACCCCCAGGUGCAAGCAAAGAUGCACGAGGAAAUGGACCAGGUGAUUGGCCGUGACCGGGCUCCAAACAUCGAAGACCGGAACCAGAUGCCCUACGUGGAUGCCGUCAUCCACGAAGUGCAACGCGUGAGCGACCUCAGUCCCAUAAAUAUACCACACAUGGUCACCUGCGACACCCAGUUCAGAGGCUACCUCAUCCCAAAGGGAACAGAAAUCUACCCACUGCUCACCACCGUCUUGAACGACCCCACAAAAUUUAAAAAUCCGGGAUCCUUCAACCCAGAAAAUUUUCUGGAUGAGAAUGGAUGCUUCAAGAAGAGCGAUGCCUUCGUGCCCUUCUCCUCAGGGAAGCGAAUCUGCCUUGGUGAGGCCUUGGCCCGCAUGGAGCUUUUCCUGUUCUUCACCACUGUCCUUCAGAGCUACCGGCUGCAGCCCCUUGUGCCCCCCGCGGACAUCGACACAACUCCCCUGGAGAGCGGCAUUGGCAACGUUGCCCCCAUGUACCAGAUGUCAAUGAUCCCACGCAGAGCAGAGGUCAAGCCCAGACCGCUUUUUCACAAAUAAGACUCUCAUCAGCUGCACAAGCAAGACUUCCAGAGCACGGGGGGAGAGGGUUGUGAAUUUUGCUAGUUGUGACAAAGGGGCUUUUAAAAAUUGCAACCACACUUUGUCCCAUGGACUCAGAUUGGCACUCGUUCCCAAACAUGGACCAUGUGCGGGGGUGGGGGGGUGCACAGCCAGGAAAAAGGGGUCAAACCCUGCUUAGCAGUUCCCAUGUCCCAACCAGUAACAGCAGUACGGGGGGGGGAUCUCCUUUCCUCUUUGAAUUUUAUCUGCUUGCCAAAAAAAUGGAGCGUGUUCUAAACUUUGAGGUGACCUUGAUAUCAUCUUCUUUGAAAGCCAUGCAUUUACUUCUGGUUUGUGACUAUUAAACAAUGGGCCCUCCAUCACAAUGCUAUCAGUUCUCCUCGCAAGCACUGCUCAUUAGCCAAUGUAGUAACGGGUGACUCACUCCACUGGUCAGCCACAGCUGACGCACCCAAAAGGCCCACCUGGCAGGUGGUGCGACUCAGCCCUUACUUGGCACUUCCUAAUGCUGUGCCCACCAAGGAAGAGAUGAGAAGAGGGUGCCGCAUCUACGUUUUCUCAAUCAGCAAUAAUGAUGAUUCCCAAAGGCAGGGCGGAGCCUCUCCACCUCUAAGCCCCUACCAGUCUGUGAACUGUGAGAAGCAACACUACCUUAGUUCUGCCGCAAGUCCAAAUGGCAGCCUCUUUACUCUAGUUCCCGUUUUGCCAGAAAUAUCUCAACAAUCCCCUCCCCGCUGGCCGUACAAUAGACAUAAUGCUUAUCUGUUUAAGUUAGUUCAUCAUUGAAGUCUGUAGACCUUCAUUUAAAAUGGACUCAAGUAAUUGUAUCGGCUGUGAAUUAUGCAAUAAAAGCUUGCACCUUG